UUACCCCGGCUUUAGGCUGGAACAAUAGUCCAUUCCCGUCGCAUCAUGCUUUCAUUUGCCGGGAAGCCAACACCUGUCGUAAAAUUCAUUGUUCGCAGGGACAAAGUCAACACUCUGCUUUGCUACCCAGAACUUCUACUCCGCUCAUGGUUUUCAUUGCCUGAACCACUCGCCGAUAGCGCAGGGCAUUUUCGUUUCUUAACGAUAACCAUUCUUCCAUGGCAUCCUUGUGGCGCAAGACCGGCGCGUACACUACGCUUUCCCUGCUUCUUUCUGCUUCUCUAGCUAUUGCUGUCAUCGAUCACUUAGCUAUUCCGACGAAAAAGUUGAGCGACUUCAAAUAUGGUGAAUCAUAUUCUUACGAGAUGGUCAGUGUGAUCAAUGAAUUUCCUCACGAUCCUGAAGCCUUUACCCAGGGUCUUGUUUAUGGUGGAAAUGACACUUUAUUUGAGUCAACUGGUCUUUAUGGAAAGUCAUCUGUUCGCAAAGUAGCUCUUCGCACUGGGAAGGUUGAGACUCUUCAGAAGAUUGAUGAUUCUAUAUUUGGUGAAGGAUUAACUCUUUUUGGUGAAAGGUUGUUCCAAGUAGCUUGGUUGCAGAAGACUGGCUUCAUAUAUGACCACAACAAUUUAAGCAAAGUUGGAGAAUUUAUGCAUCAGAUGAAUGAUGGGUGGGGUCUGGCAACUGAUGGAGAAGUUUUGUUUGGAAGUGAUGGCAGUUCAACAUUGUAUCAGAUGGAUCCUCGUACAUUCAACAUUCUAUCAAAAUCUGUUGUCUACUACAAGGGGCAUCAAGUAAAAUUUCUCAACGAAUUGGAGUCUGUAAAUGGUGAAGUUUGGGCAAAUGUUUUGGGGGUUGACUGCAUCGUAAGAAUCUCUCCCAAGGAUGGUCGUGUUAUUGGAUGGAUUGUCCUCCCAAAUUUAAGAGAGCAAGAGGUGGUGGCUCAGAAUCAAAAGCAGAUGGUUUUGAAUGGCAUAGCAUGGGAUAGUGAAAAGAAGCGGAUAUUUGUGACGGGAAAGCUAUGGUCAAAGAUAUACGAAAUCAGAGUUGUUCCUAUAAAUAAACCAAUUGAAGAAGGGUUCAUUGAGCAGCUUUGCUUGCCUCCACUUCACAAAUUUACGUACGACAGAAGUGAAAGUUUGAGUAUCAGUCAUUAACUAUGAAGGGUUCUAUCAUGUUGGUUUCUGUAAAUCUGUCCUGAGAGUUUCGUGGGUCCUGUCGCUCUCUCUCCAAUCCUCUUGUGAACUAAGAGGAUCCUUGUGUGAAAUGUAAGAGAAAAAAUGAUCGAAGAAUUCGUUUGAGAUGAUGUAUAGUCAAACAGAGUGAAUACUAAUGCUGUGGUUAAAUAAAUUCUCUUGCUGAAUAAAUUUAUUAUUCUAUGAA